AUGAACUUCGCCCGCCACCUCCUUCGUCGUGCUGUUACUGCUCCUCUCUCCUCUCGAGGGAUCUCAAUAGUUCUUCCAUCCCUCUCCGCCGCUCCAGUUAGAGUUCUCGCAACCCCAAUUCCAAGAAUCAUUAUACCACGACUCCAGCAAUCUGUACGCCAUGAGUCCUCGACUGCAAUUGGGGCAGUCGGAGGUACAAAAGAAGCUGCAGAAGGCGAGGAAGUGAAGGAGACCAAGCCCAGCUAUGAGCUUACGUUCACCUGCAGACCAUGUGGACACAGGUCUACACACACAAUCACUAAGCAGGGGUACCACCACGGUACAGUAAUGAUUACAUGCCUCGGGUGCCAAAACCGCCAUGUUAUCUCCGAUCACCUGAAGAUAUUCGGCGAAACCGCCCGCUCGUUCGAGGAUAUCCUCUCUCAGUCAGGUUCGGGCGAGACCGUCAAGAAAGCCACCCUUUCCCAGGAAGAAACGAUGGCUGCCGUGGAGAAGGUGCUGAAGGAGAAGGGCAUCUGGAGCAAGGAUGGAGGCGAUGUAGAGGUGUUGCCGGGUGAGCCAAAGGAGACGGAAGAAGACUGGCGGAAUGGACUGGUAGGGGGAAAUGAGAAGAAGGAAUAG